CCGACCUCGUUGGCGGAGGUGGAGGAGGAGGAAGCCGCUGAGAACUCUCAGCAGUGGUUAGGCCACAUAUUCCAGGACUGUAUGUGCAGGAAGCACCUUAGAAGUCAGGUCUGGGUAGGUGAGAACCAGAAGAGUCAUUACCAUGACUUCAGUAUUGGUGGACAUACGUGAGGAGGUAACCUGUCCCAUCUGCUUGGAGCUCCUGACAGAACCCCUGAGCAUUGACUGUGGCCACACCUUCUGCCAAGCCUGCAUCACAGAGAACAGCGAGGAGGCAAUGUCCAGUCAAGGAGGAGAGAGCAGCUGCCCCGUGUGCCAGACCAGCUACCAACCUGGGAGCCUGCGGCCUAACCGGCACUUGGCCAACAUAGCAGAAAGGCUCCGAGAGGUGGUAUUGGGUCCAGGGGAACAGUUGAAGGUAAUUCUUUGUGCACACCAUGGAGAGAAACUGCAGCUCUUCUGCAAGGCUGAUGGGAAACUGAUUUGCUGGCGUUGUGAGCGGUCUCAGGAACACCGUGGUCACCAGACAUUCCUCAUGGAAGAAGUUGCCCAGGAGUACCAGGAAAAGUUCCAGGAGUCUCUGAAGAAGCUGAAGAAAGAGGAAGAGGAAGCAGAGAAGCUGAAAGCUGUUAUCAAAGAGAAAAGGGCAUCCUGGAAGAAUCAGAUGGAGCCUGAGAGACACAGAAUCCGGACAGAGUUCAAUCGGUUGCGGAACAUCUUGGACAGAGAGGAGCAGCGGGAAUUGAAGAAACUGGAGGAAGAAGAGAGGAGAGGGAUGAAUAUUAUAGAAAAAGCUGAGUAUGAGCUGUUACACCAGAGCCGGUCACUGAGAGAGCUCAUCUCAGACCUGGAGCGUCGAUGCCAGGGGUCAACCAUGGAGCUGCUACAGGAUGCAAAUGAUGUCACAGAAAGGAGUGAGUUCUGGGCUCUCAGGAAGCCAGAAGCUCUCCCUACCAAGCUGAAAAGUGUAUUUCGAGCUCCAGAUCUGAAAAAAAUGCUGCGAGUAUUUAGAGAGCUAACGGAUGUCCAAAGCUACUGGGUGGAUGUGACUCUGAAUCCACACACGGCCAAUUUAAAUCUUGUCCUGUCUAAGAACCGGAGACAGGUGAGAUUCGUGGGUGCUGGUCUGUCUGGGCCUCCCUAUGCAGAAGGGCAUUAUGACUGUAGUGUCCUGGGCUCCCAGCACUUCUCCUCAGGAAAACACUACUGGGAAGUGGAUGUGACCAAGAAGACUGCCUGGAUCCUGGGGGUGUGCAGUCACUCGGAGAGACCCAUGUUCUCUUUUGACCAGUAUGGCAGCCAUGAGAGUGUUUAUUCCAGAUACCGGCCUCAGAGUGGGUACUGGGUGAUCGGGUUGCGGCGCAAACAUGACUACAGAGCCUUCGAGGACUCCUCCACUUCCUUGCUCCUCACCAUGACAGUGCCCCCUCGCCGCAUCGGGGUUUUCUUAGACUAUGAAGCUGGAACAGUUUCUUUUUAUAAUGUCACGCACCAUGGCUUCCCCAUCUACACCUUCUCUAAAUAUUACUUUCCCACUGCUCUUUGUCCAUAUUUUAAUCCCUGCAACUGUGGAGUUCCCAUGACCUUGCGUUGCCCAAGGUCUUGAACAUUCUGUCAUCCUGACCACGUCUGAGCUGUACCCUGACCCUGAGGCUUAUCUGUACCUGAUUCUAUUUUUUCUGAUCAUCCAUAUUUCUGUGUUCUCACUCUUCCCCUUUAGAACAUUACUAACAUACACCUAAAGGUGAUAGGGAACAUUCUUGAAUAAUAAUGAAUCUUGAGGUGGGUGGGAACAGGUCUCAACACCUUAUCAUUGAGCAUCAUAUUUCAUGGAGAUACAUUGGUUGAUCCUGGGAAUCAAAUUUAGAAAAUUCUCUUCUCUUGGUUUCAGUUUUUUUACUAAAUGAAAAACUUAAAUUCGGUAAAUAGUUUUUCUUUAAUUAUUGAAAUAAUCAGUUGUAUGUCAUUUCUGUUCUGUUAUUAUGACCAAGUGCAUUGACUUCUAAAUUGUUAAAUCUACCUCAAAUUCCAGAAUUGAACCAUUGUUGUUCAUUAUGGGAAGUAUUGGUUAUGCUUUAGCUAAUAUAUUGUUUAGGGUUUUUUGGGGGUUUUUUUCCUCCACUUAUGAAAGAAAUUGACCGAUACUUUUACAUUCCUGUCUUUGUCAGGUUUUAUAAAACCCAAUAAUAAGCAAAGAAAUUGCUGUGUUUUUGUGUAAAUAUAUAUAGAACUGAGUGCUAAAAAUAAGCCAUUGGACUUAGGUGGCUUUGACUUCUAAUUUAAAUAAGAGAUAACAACUUCAGUCUUCAUUACAGCUUAUUUUUUUAGAGAUUUCAACUUUUCAGCUUUAGGACACCUGCAUUGUGGGUAGAGUGGGCAGGGGAAACAGAGAUAGUGAGAAGGUAAAUAAGAAAUCACCCACCUCUGGUAACAUUUAAAAAAGAAAACAAAAAGAGGAAGGGAAGAGAGAAAUGAAUCCAAUACAGAUUUUUCUUCCGUAAUGGGAGGAAAAUGCAGAGAAAAAAAUAAUGAUUAAAGAACUUUUAGGAAGUGGAUGAGUUUGUUUGCUUUUUGGCCUCUCUGUAACCCUCUUUCUUUUCUUUUCUUUUUUUU